AUGGAGUCCGCUAUCGUCAGAUAUAUGCGACGACGGAGAGAGGCUACAUACCCUAAACGAUACCACGAUGAUAGCCAUGGAGAUUAUGCAAUCAUGUAUCAGCAAAUUUCGCAGGAGGAGCAUGAUUUGCACCAACCUGAACCGGUCCAGGUUUUGAGCAAAAGAACCGUUAACAGAUGUCGUGUGGAUGCAGAUGUGAAGAUGAUGCAGGACUACUUCAACCCCGGUUACAGAUACGGACCUGAGCGUUUUAAGGGACGUCACGGUUUGCCCCGAGAAUUUUUUCUUAAAAUAUUGCCUCAAAUUUGCGCCAAAGACCCGGAUUUUUUUCAGCGAAGAGAUGCUUGUAACAUCUCGGGUCACUCUCCUCAUAUGAAAAUGCUUGCCGUCAUGAAACAUCUGGCAAAGGGGAUAGUUGCAGAUAGCCUCGACGAUUACACCCAGAUGGAUACAACAACCAUAUACAUGUACGUUAAAAAGUUUAUGGAUACACUUUUUUGGAUUUUUAACGACCGCUACAUGAGGCUACCAACAACCGAAGAUACUAGGAGGCUAUUGGCUCAGGACGAAGCUCGUGGUUUUCCAGGAAUGCUUGGGAGCCUCGAUUGCACCCAUUCAGAGUGGAGGUUAUGUCCCACCGAAGAAGCAGGCCGACACGUGGGACACAUUAAGAAACCAAAUCUUGUUUUACAGGCAGUUGCUUUAUACGAUAGAUGGUUAUGGCACUGUUAUUUUGGCGAGGCGGGGGCCAACAACGACCUGAAUGUGUUGGCGCAGUCGGGAUUAUUUGAUAGAGACAAUGAUGUCUUAGCCCCUCCUUGCAAUUUUAGCAUCAACAGUCACGAGUACGAGCAUGGAUACUAUUUGGUGGACGACAUCUACAAUGAAAUGCCGGGGGUGGUCCAUAGCUAUAAGAGACGUGAGAUUAUGCCGCUGGUCCAUAAGAAAUUUAAUGAAUACCACCACUCAAAGAGGAAGGACAUGGAGCGUGCUUUUGGUGGUCUUAAGUCCAAGUGGGGUAUAAUUAGGAAUCUUUUUCGUUACUGGUCUCAUUGCGACGUUCAGAAAAUUAUGAGAGCGUGUUUAAUAAUGCACAACAUGUGUGUGGAACAUGAGUAUCGUGAUACGCAAUGGGCGAGCUAUGAUGGAAGAGAAGAAACACCUCCAGUACAAGGUAACGUGAGAGAAGAGCGUAGUUAUUACCAAAGCCAUGCCCACUGGACAUUCUUACAAGCAGAUAUAACCGAGCACAUUUGGCAGCGUCAUUGUCUAGGAUUGCGAGACGGUGAAGUCGGCCCCGCUGAGGUGCAUGAUGGCCUCCCCAUUUCCGAUGAGGGUACUACUGAUGUGGUUGACAACGCAGAUGAAUACCCAGCUAAUGGUGAUAACUUUUAUGAGAACGGAGAGUAG